CUGAGUUUCCUAGAAGUCAAUGAAAAGGUUCCACACUUCCACCGACGCGUUUUCCAUUCACACACUUCCCUUCAAAAGAAUAGAGAAGAAAAUUUAUAUCAGUCCUUCUAUUCUCUUCAACAUAUCUAUAGUUCUUUUCUCUGCAUUGCCAAUUUGCUAUAUCAUUCUUUUGCAGUUAGAGACUAACAUCAACUUUCCAUUUGGGGGACAUAAUAUUGUGAUUCUUAUUUUGCUCCCUCUAUUGAUAUUGAACAUGUCAAAGCUCCAAGUUCAACAACUCAACCAGUUAAGGGAGAUUUUCGCGCGAUUCGACAUGGACUCAGAUGGCAGUUUAACCAUGUUAGAGCUCGCGGCGCUUCUCCGGUCACUGGGGCUCAAGCCCUCAGGGGACCAACUCCAUGAUCUGUUAUCCAACAUGGACUCAAAUGGCAAUGGUUCUGUGGAGUUUGAUGAAUUGGUGAGGACCAUUUUGCCUGACUUGAAGAAUAAUGCAGAGGUAUUGCUGAAUCAAGAACAGCUUCUUGAUGUGUUUAAGUGCUUCGAUCGCGACAGCAAUGGCUUCAUUUCAGCUGCAGAAUUGGCGGGGGCAAUGGCCAAAAUGGGCCAGCCCCUCACGUACAAAGAGCUCACGGAGAUGAUCAGAGAGGCUGACACGGAUGGUGAUGGUGUGAUUAGCUUCAAUGAGUUUAAAACCAUCAUGGCUCGCUCUGCCUCUGAUUUCUUAGGCCUCAGCAAUUGGAAAACUGAGCUUCAGCAAUGAAAUUGAACAUGUUUAUUUCACUAACUAAUUAUAGAUUCUUGAUUUUUUUUUUCUUGUUGGAUGUGUAGCUUGUGAUGUAAUGAUUUUUGUGGUGUGGUUUCAAUUAGAACCAUGGAAUGGAAUGAAAUAAGGAUAUCCGGUUUGCCUUA